AUGGCUGACUGGACACAUGUAUUCAAGGCUGUUUUGGAUGAGCACAAGAUUUCCUAUGUUUCAGCCAAAGGAAACCCUGCUGAGAGGGCAAAAAUCCUCAAAAAUAUCAAAGAUACUAUACUUGAAAGCAAUGAGGCUAAGGAUCCUUUGACUAUGCUUCCAGGCAAUAACAUUCAGAAGGCUAUCCAUACAUAUUACUUGCAUUUUCUGGAGGAUGAUGAGGACUGCGAUCUUGAGCAAAAAAUCAUUGAGGGAGCUCAUAAACUCACAUCUGGUGCAGGCAUCAUCACUGUAGAUAUGGUCAAAGACUGUCAAGAUGAUAAGCCUCUGGAUGCUGCAGCAUUCAAGACUGAAUUCUUGACUUUUGAUGUCACCCAGAAAUUGUUCAAAGAAGAAAUUGGGGAGUAUGACAAGAAGCACCAUGACAUCUCUGACUUAAGGUCCAUGGGGACAAGGACAAAGCUGGCCCAGUCCUGA